UUUAACAAAUUUUGAACCUUGAAUUCUCUCUCUGCUGAGCAUGUCAAUGGCGACGAACCAGGUAGAAGGAAAUGGAAAACUAAACGACGAGCUAGUGAACUCAAAACGGCAUUGCACUGACUCCGAAGAUGACGAAGAAGAGUUGGAGGAUGAGACUUGGGACGAUUGGCAAGACGAAGACGAUGACGUAGAGGAGGAUUGUUCAAACCUGCUGUGUCUCUUCUGCGACUCACUUUACAGCUCGUGCAGUUCUCUGUUUGAGCACUGCGCGUCGGCGCACUCGUUUGAUUUUUACGAAAUUAAGAGAGCUCAUAAGUUGGAUUUCUACAAGUGUUUUAUGCUCAUCAAUUACGUUAGGUCCCAGGUAGCAGCUAACAAAUCUUGGAGUUGGGAGACAGCAGUCAGUUUUGACGGGAACAGGUUUCCAUGGGAUGAUGAUAAGUAUCUCAGCCCCUUUCUACAAGAUGAUCCCCUGUUAUACAGUUUUGAUGAAGAUGAUGAUGUAGACGAGGAGUGUGAAAACGUGGUUGCUGAUAAAAACGAGAUCGAUUCAUAUUUAUCUCAAUUUGAGCCUAUUGAUAUUAAUGAGGAUUUUUCUGAUAGAGGAGCAUCUGAGUUUCAUGGGGGAGAUGCUGUUGAAUCAUCUUCUCUUAAAGACGUGACUGCUGCAAAGCCUUUUAAAAGCCUAGUGGUGGAUGAUACUAGCAAUGGAGGGGAUGGGGCUUUGUCCAACGGUAAUGGGAAAAGCAAGUUGGGCACUUUUCCUUCGUCGGAGAUUGUAGUAGCAAAAGAGAUCACGGACAUCAAUAAAAAUUAUUUUGGUUCAUAUAGUUCAUAUGGCAUUCAUAAGGAAAUGAUCAGUGACAAGGUAAGAACUGAUGCUUAUAGACAGGCUCUUGUGGAAAACCCUUCUCUUCUUAAAAAUGCAGUUGUUAUGGAUGUUGGUUGUGGGACAGGCAUUCUAAGCCUAUUCGCAGCCCAAGCGGGAGCUUCGAGGGUUAUUGCAGUUGAAGCUAGUGAGAAGAUGGCUGCAGUGGCUUGCCAGAUUGCAGGAGAUAAUAAUCUUCUUGCAAAUGGAAGAUCCGGUGAUGGCAGUCAACAAAAUGGAUCUAUUGAGGUGGUUCAAGGCAUGGUUGAAGAGCUUGAUAGUGUUACGCACAUCCCACCUCAAAGUGUUGAUGUGUUAGUGAGUGAAUGGAUGGGCUAUUGCCUCCUUUAUGAGUCAAUGCUUGCCUCUGUACUCUUUGCAAGGGAUAAGUGGUUGAAGCCUGGAGGUGCUAUCCUUCCUGACACGGCUACCAUGUUUUUAGCUGGAUUUGGAAGAGAAGCUACUAGUCUCCCAUUUUGGGAUAAUGUGUACGGCUUCAAUAUGUCUCAUAUUGGCCGUGAGGUUGCUGAGCAUGCUGCCCGCUUUCCCAUUGUUGACGUCAUUGACAGUUCUCAUAUUGUUACGGACACAAAAGUUCUUCAGAGGUUUGACCUGGUGACAAUGCAACCAAAGCACAUGGAUUUUACAGCCAUUGUUGAACUGGAGCCAAAGUUGUCGCCUCAAUCGAACACCCCUCCUGAUUCAAAAUCAGAAACCACUUGGUGUUAUGGAGUUGUACUGUGGUUCGACACUGCAUUCUCUGAGAGGUUUUGUCGUGAUAAGCCUGUGAACCUGUCAACAUCACCCUAUGGUCCGAGCACCCAUUGGUCACAGACUAUCCUCACAUUUAGAGAACCAAUCGCAAUGGCCUCAAACAAUGCUGGUGAGAAACUUGCACCAUUUGGUACCGAGGAAUGUCCUGCUGCAAGAAUACAAGCCCGGGUAAGUGUUGCCCGAUCUGUUAAACAUCGCAGCAUUGACAUUUCGAUGGAACUUACUGGAGUCGACCAUGGUGGUAGAAAACGCAACUGGCCUGCGCAAAUCUUCCUUAUAAACUAAUUGUAUGAUUUAUUUCGAGAAUUGAUUGUUUCUUUGUACUAUUAAAUUAAAUUCUCAAAUUUUCUUAAUAUAAGAUCAAAGCAUUUGGUUGGCGAA